AUGGCUGCACUACUCUCGCCCGUCAGCACAUCCUACAACAAGGCGGCUGCACACGACGAGCCGUUGCUUCAAGAGGUGAGAAAGACGACGACAUCUUUGUCGCCAACGACAGCUCCGACGUCAACGCCAAAAAGACUGCACUUUGCGGCCGAAUCGGCUGACGAGGCGCUGGAUAUUUUGCGGAACGAACCCGACUACGAUUCACUUGUAUCAGUCCUGCAGUACCUUCUCUCUGGCAAGUCCGAAGUCGACGUCCGCCAGCCUACGCCGUUGUCCGCGCAGCUGGUCCAGGUGCUGGUGACGGCCAUUGUGCCCAACUACUGGCCGCUCCUCCGAGACGAGGGUGUCAAGGAUCAGAACGGGCAAUCUGCUUUUGCGUCGUUGCUCGCGUGCCUCCGGAGCGUGACCGGCCUAAGUGCUUUGGUCGCGAGACUCCGUGCUCUCUUAGCAGAAGUAAAAACGAAGACAACGACGGCAGCAGGCAGCGUUGCCACUGCCACAAACGAUCAGCCAGGAAACCCGGCAUGGCAGCUCCGGAUCCUGGUCGAUUUGCUGUCUGAGCUCUUGGCCGGCGACGAGGUCGUUUGCCAGGUCUGGACCGUCAGCACGGCCGCAUCCGAUGAUGAUGCCAAACAGCGGCCGCUCGCACAAGAGUACUUAAGUAUCAUUGGCGGUGGGCGGAUUGUCUCGCUUGCGGCCGAAUCUGAGAUGGUUGUUCGUUCCGAGUUCAGUGCCGAGAAGCUCCCUGCGACCUGGGUCGCCAAUGGUAGAGAAUACGGUUUGUGGCUGGCAAAGGGCAUUAUGUGGUGGGCCGCAAAAGACGCGGACCCAGAGCACAAGAAAGUGCAAGGUUCUCUUCUUGCGAAAGCUCUUCGGCUUGGAUAUCCUGACACUGUGGUCUCAUCUCUCGUCUCUGAUCUCAUCCUGAUCAAUGCUGGGUUGGACAACAGUACUUUGAGCCAUAUUCUGCAGCAUCUUCCAGCUCACGAACAAAAGAAGAUACUGUUUGGUGUACUGAAAUAUGCGGCGGAGACCUACCUUUCACCUUCUCCAGACUCUACGGUUGUUGACACAGCAACUGUGGCUGCCGUAGCCAGUCUCAUAAAAAAUGUGGCCGAUAGCAGCACCACUCUCCGAGAGCAGCUCAUUUCGUGGCUCUUGACAAAUGCCGCCGUGGGACUGAUCAACGGUAUCGGCAUUCGGCGGGCAGUCGUUGUUGUGGUUGCUGAAACACCGAAGAGCCUGACCGAGAUUUUGCAGAAGUCGAUAGCCGAGUUCGGCGACCAAUUGUUUAUCAAGCAUGCCCCGAUAAUACAGCAAGAAGCCAAGGCACAAGUGAUACUUCUUUGCGCUGGGUACGUUAGCCGGGGAUCACAACGAGCGCUCACUUCUCUGCUACGAUCUCGAACGUAUCUCCAGACGGUGUCGAAUCGUUUGGGUGCGUCACACAACCGGGCCAAGUUUCUAGGCAUGGUAGUCGGCGAGGCACUGUCCGGGCUCAUUGACGACAAUAACAAGAAACUCGACUUCCACAUGGACGAGACAAAAUCGGACGAGGCCAUAUGGUACAAGGGCCUUGUGCAGGUCUCUGACACGAUGGGCUCGCUUGAGUCACUGAGGAAACAAACACCAGAAACAAAGGGCACGUCAGCCGCGACAAAGACAACCAAAGCAGCCAAAACAGAUAAACUGAAGCCGUCCAAAGCAGCUGCGAAGCCGGUCCGCCGGCCGCCAGUCCAACCAAGACAAUCAGGCUUUGUCAUUGAGGAGGUCAAUCCGGACAACGAUGAUGGCGUAACAGGCGCUGUGGAGGACGAUAUUGUUGCCUACGGCAAACCAGACUCGGAUGCCGAAGACUCGGACGACGACCCGACCAUGAUCCGCCGCGACAAGCCCAAGGCGCCCGUGUACAUCCGCGACCUGAUUUCUUACUUUCGUGACAUUGAGAACUACGACAAGCAGAAACUGGCUCUGGCCACUGCACCUGUCCUCAUCCGUCGCAAAGCCACAUUCGGCACAGAGGUGCAGCAGCAUGCUCAAGACCUCGCCUCGAUUCUCGUCGGCCUCCAGGACGCCUUCGAGAUGGCCGAUUUUGACCAGCUACGACUGCAGGGCAUGGUGGCCCUCGUUGUGGCCCAGCCCCAGCUCGUCGGGCCGUGGUACGCCCACACUUUCUUCGAUGGCGACUACUCUCUCGCUCAGCGGGCAUCCGUCUUGACGGCGAUGGGUCUGGGAGCCCGCGAACUGGCCGGCUUUGACAUCUCGGAAUACGCAUCGGCCGCCGCGUUUCCCUCGAAGCAGCUGCCCAACCGCAUGGAGCGCCUCUACGUGGCCCCAGAAGCGUCCCAACCAGGCUUUGGGCCGGGCAGCGCCUCGUCUCUCAAGGCGCUCGGCCCGGGCGUUCUCGACUCCAUUACAGACUCGCUCACAGCCACAUUCCUCCGUCCCAUCGCUGCUCAGGCGGCAGACGAGGCGACAGGCCCAGACGCUCUCAAGCUGACCUCGUUCAAGUCACGCUUGUCGAAGAGCGCCGGCGAUAAAAAGGCUGUGAACACAGCAAAAGGAAAACGCACGGCCGCACAACCAGCAGCCGCCGUCAACACGUCUGGACCGCUCCUCUCGUCCGCAUUCUUCUUCCCACUCGCUGCUCGGUUCCAGCUCGCGCUCCAGACGUCGUCUUCGGCGCGUAUGCGCCGCGUCCUCUUUGACCCUUCGCUGCUCUCGCUCUACCUCAAGACACUCGCUGUAAUCCUGCAUGCCGCUGGUCCUGGUUUGCUCGCCCUGCCCGACAUGACAGCCGAGCUGUGGCGCCUUCUGCUCAGCAGUAGUGUGCAGGCCCACUGCGCCGGUGACGUGCUUGUGACGCAUGCUGUGCUCUUUGCCCUCAUGGCGCUGCUUGACGUCAACGAACACCGCGUCCGCGAACUAUGUCGCGAUCUGCCGCGCGAGGUUGUCCAAACCCGGGACUGGGCGCUGCAAGUACUGGACGAUAUCCGCAGUAGCGGCAGCGGAGGCACUGAUUCCAGUGGUAGCAGUCAAGAGAGCGAGAUACAAAUGCUGGCCGCCGGCGCUUACAUCAAACUGACCGAGGGCAUGGAGAGCUACAAGAAUCUGCUCCUGGGCGAGAUGAUUGGCUGA